AUGGCACAACGCGCAUUUGAUCAUUGGUUUAACACGCUUGCUGAUCCAUCUUAUGUUGAUCGAUGUCGUCGAAAGCGAAACUUUCGUCAAAGAAAAUCAUCAUCAGGAAAUUUUCAAAUCAAUGAAGACGUAUGGGCACGACACCCAAUCGAUCAUGUUAUGCACAUUGCAUCUGUGAUUAAUGUAGAUAAAUCGAAUCGUAGCUGUCGCGUCACAUUCGUUGAUGAUGGUCAAACAUCCAAUCUGUCUUUUAGUGAUCUUCGUCAUAUUACUCAUGAAGAUGUGAAACGUAAUCGGUAUGUCGACUAUGGACAUAGUUGGGCAGAAUAUACAGACAUGGGUGCCAUUGUCACUUAUGAUCGCUAUGGUGAACUAAAGACCAUGGAGUUCAUUGCCAAACCAAACAUUUAUGACCACUCGCUUGCAGACGAAGAGAUCAAUUCAACUCAGGGGGUGCUUCCUUCUGCAACUUCAAUGGAUGUUCGAGAGAAGGCUGACCUUGUUACCAGCUCGUCAUUAAUAAACGUAUUUUUGGUUAGGAUUCCAGAUCCUGAAGACCCAACAGCAACAUAUUGUAACUGUCCGGUUUGGAACGCGUCCUCUUAUGAAGAAGCCGAGAAAAAGGCAUUUGAAUUAUGCAAUGAAGAUUUUGAUUACCAAAAGGCAAUACAACGAGCUCAGGUUCGCAGAGAAUCUAUUCAGCAACAAAGCUCUUCGAGUACACAAACACUAGAUGGUGUAUCAAUGCCUGCAACAUCACCAACAGUAGAAUCCCAAUCAAUUGGACCUGAUCCACCAUCAGUUACUGAAACAAUUGAUUUGACGAAGAAGCCGUCGGUUGAUUCAGACUUAGAACAAGUAAUAACUCUCGAUAUCCCAUUACUACAAGACACCAAAGGAAGAGAUUCUUCCGACGUACUACAAAUAGAUUCUAAAUUGGUAUCGACUGAAAAGAAACAGAAUUAUAUAACAGGUGAACAAUCAAUUUCGCCCAACCAAUCUAAUGGUUCUGAAAAACCAUCGAGCAUUAUCAGUCUGAAAUCGAUGGGAGAAGAUGAUAGCCACCGUGAAUCAAUCGCCUGUCCGCUUGAGCAACCUAUAGCGGAGACCGAACUUACUCUAUUCAGUACCUAUAUUCCAUCUCAAGUACGUAACGAACCACAAGCUCUUACAGAAACUUAUACAUCAAUGACAUCACGAGGAAAUACAAGCCUACUGGACCAAUCAAUGGACACUGGACCUCGGCUCAAUCUUGGGACAACAACAUCUACGGCGUCCAAUCUAACCGUCAUUGAGCAUAAAAGUGAUCAAGGCCAUGAUAGUGUCUCUCUGGCUUCAAUGUCUCUCUCUGUUCGAUGCAAACAACUUCGGAGACAGGCUCGUGUGAAUUAUCCAUUGGGUUAUAUUAUUACGGAAUUCCUACCAUGUGUUGUUUUCUUCACUAUGAUAUGUUGUCAUCUUCUAAUUGGAUUAACAUCAACUGGUAGAAGUGUCAAUACUCUGCCUGUUAUAGAGAGUCUCAUGAUUUCAGUCGAUGUUCUGCAUAUCGCCGCAAGGAUAUUGUUCAUGCGUACUAUGUUACCAAGUCUUUCGAUCCUGAACAGACAAAGUUACUCUUCGGUUGAAUUAUGGCUUUAUUCAUUUCUCGUGCCGUAG